GCCGGCCAGUCAGUCAGCAGCAGAGCUGAAAAGGGCACAGCCGUGCGGCCGAGGGCAGAGUGAGCCGAGCGAGUGGAACCGAGCAAGCGGACCAGCGCCGGUGGGAGUCUGUCCACUCCGGCCCGCACCAUGGCACGGUUCGGUUUGCCCUUGCUUCUCUGCACCCUGGCCUUGCUCAGCGCCGAACUGCUGGCUGUGGAGCUCAAGUCGAAAAGUUGCUCAGAAGUGCGACGUCUCUACGUAUCCAAAGGCUUCAACAAGAAUGAUGCCCCCCUCCACGAGAUCAACGGUGAUCAUUUGAAGAUCUGUCCUCAGGGUUAUACCUGCUGCUCUCAAGAGAUGGAGGAAAAGUACAGCCUGCAAAGUAAAGAUGAUUUCAAAAGUGUGGUCAGCGAACAGUGCAAUAAUUUGCAAGCUGUCUUUGACUCCCGCUACAAGAAGUUUGAUGAGUUCUUCAAAGAACUCCUUGAAAAUGCAGAGAAAUCCCUGAACGAUAUGUUUGUGAAGACAUAUGGCCAUUUGUACAUGCAAAAUUCUGAGCUAUUUAAAGAUCUCUUCGUAGAGUUGAAACAGUACUACGUGGUGGGAAACGUGAACCUGGAGGAAAUGCUAAAUGACUUCUGGGCUCGCCUUCUGGAGCGGAUGUUCCGCCUGGUGAACUCCCAGUACCACUUCACAGAUGACUACCUGGAAUGUGUGAGCAAGUACACUGAGCAGCUGAAGCCCUUUGGAGACGUCCCUCGGAAAUUGAAGCUGCAGGUUACUCGUGCAUUUGUAGCAGCCCGUACUUUUGCUCAAGGUUUGGCAGUUGCAAGAGAUGUCGUGAGCAAAGUGUCGGUGAUAAAUCCAACAGCCCAGUGUACCCACGCCCUGUUGAAGAUGAUCUACUGCUCCCAUUGCCAGGGUCUGGUGACUGUGAAGCCGUGUUACAACUACUGCUCCAACAUCAUGAGAGGCUGUUUGGCCAACCAAGGGGAUCUCGAUUUUGAGUGGAAUAAUUUCAUAGAUGCUAUGCUGAUGGUGGCAGAGAGGCUGGAGGGGCCCUUCAACAUUGAAUCGGUCAUGGACCCCAUCGAUGUGAAGAUUUCUGAUGCUAUCAUGAACAUGCAGGAUAACAGCGUGCAAGUAUCUCAGAAGGUUUUCCAGGGAUGUGGACCCCCCAAGCCCAUCCCAGCGGGACGAAUUUCUCGUUCCAUCUCGGAAAGUACCUUCAGUGCUCGCUUCAGACCACAUCACCCCGAGGAACGCCCAACCACAGCGGCUGGCACUAGUUUGGACCGACUGGUUACUGAUGUCAAGGAGAAACUAAAACAGGCCAAGAAAUUCUGGUCCUCUCUUCCGAGCAAUGUUUGCAAUGAUGAGAGGAUGGCUGCAGGAAAUGGCAAUGAGGAUGACUGCUGGAAUGGAAAAGCCAAAAGCAGGUACCUGUUUGCAGUAACAGGAAAUGGAUUAGCCAAUCAGGGUAACAACCCAGAGGUCCAGGUUGACGCUAGCAAACCAGAUGGAGUGAUCCUCCGUCAAAUCAUGGCUCUUCGGGUUAUGACCAGUAAAAUGAAGAAUGCUUACAAUGGGAAUGACGUGGACUUCUUUGAUAUCACUGACGAAAAUAGUGGAGAAGGAAGUGGAAGUGGCUGUGAGUAUCAGCAGUGCAUCUCGGAGUUCGAGUACAACGCCACAGACCACGCUGGGAAGAGCGCCAACGAUAAAGCCGACAGCGCUGGUGCCUGUCCUGGGGAGCAGCCCUGCCUCCUCGCUGUCCUCUGCAUCUUGUUCCUCCUGCUCAUGCAGAGAGAGUGGAGAUAAUUCUCAAACGCUGAGAAAAAGUGUUCAUCAUCAAAGAGUUAAAAGGCACCGGUUAUCACUUUUAUACCAUUCUAGUGACUUUGCUUUUUAAAUGAAUGGACAGCAAUGUACAGUUUUUACUAUGUGGCCACUGGUUUAAAAAAAUGCUGACUUUGUUUCUUCAUUGAGUUUUGAGGGGAAAAGGGGCUUGUAUGUUAAGUUGGCUCCUGCUUCCUCAGAAUCUUGUUAAACGUGGCUAACAGUGUAGGUACAGAACUGUAGUUAGUUGUGCAUUUGUGAUUUUAUCACUCUAUUGUUUGUUUGUUUGUUCUUUUCUCAUUUUGUUUGUGGGGUUUUUUUUUCCAAUUAUGAUGUCACCUUGUUUCUUACAAGAAAACCAGGGUCCUUUCUUGGCAUGUAACAUGUACGUAUUUCUGAAAUAUUAAAUAGCUGUACAGAAGCAGGUUUUAUUUAUCAUGUUAUCUUAUUAAAAGAAAAAGCCCAACAAGCAGCAAAAUUUCCAUCUAUCCCUGUUAUUUUAGUUGCCUUAUCUGGAGAGAAGUGGAGGUGAUUUGGGGUUUGUAAUUAUCAUUAAGUUGGGACAGAAUGUGAAGGCACAAAGUGGGCUUCUGAGCCACUUGCCAGAUAGUAUUCAAGCAUAAAUCCAAGAAGAAGGUUACACAUAUUUCAUUCAUAUCUGGAUUAGAAGAGACUGCAGACUACCCAUUUUGGUUGGAGUCGAAAUACAUAAGCUAAGAUAUAGAUCCGUUUUCUUGAACCCACUUAAAAUGUAAUUCAUGUAGAAAAAGAUUUCUUGAUAGUCUCCCUUGAAAGAUAGACGGCACUGAGGAUGUCCCAGUUAUGACAUGUUCACACUUAGAUUUGGGGGUGUAUUUCUUAAAACCAGGCAAGUUAACAAGCCACACUGUGUGCUAAUUUUCAUGUCCACACUGACCUUUGAAUCAAUAUGUGUAUGCCAAUGGCAGCAGUAAGUACCAACAAUCUCAGUCCACCUUGUUACAGUGGUCCAGGUUUCAAACCCAACCAUAAACACGGAGCUGUCCAGGAGCUAGUUAGAAUUGGGGGUACAGCCUGGGCUCAGGGAAUAGUUGUCAACACUCAAGCAAAGUUUUUGUCUGUGCAUGUGUAUUUGCAUUUGUUUUUGGAUCCCAGCUUUUGUUUUAAGAAAGUAUAGGGAGUCUUGGAGUCUUUUUUUCUUGCCCAGCCCCCCCUUAUCAGUAAAGCAGAGGUCUUACAGUGGUUUACAGCUGUGUACUUCCCAUAUCAGCCAAGCAACCCACUUGGGGGAGGACUUUGUGUCCAGUUUCUCAUGUUUUGGGGGGGAAGGAUGGGGGUAGGUAAAGCUGAGAAGACUACAUCUUAGCAGUGACCUUUAGCCACAUGGGUGAACUGGCAGAGGCCACAUGUGUUGUCCCAGGCCAAAGACUUAACAACUGCCUUGGCCCCUUGGGAACCCUUUUCUUGUUUCCUUACCAAAUGACAGCUCAUAAAACUAUGAGAAUGUAACAAAUCACUUUCAAAGGAGUUCCUGAAAGUCUUCAGAAAGACAAAUUCUGCACGUCUCUUCCUGCUUUUGACAGCCAUUAAGAUGCCAACCAAUCCUAUAGAACCUAAAGCCCACAAAGAGGUUGUUUGUGUUAUUGUUCAAUCUUCAGUUUUAAGAGUAAUUCUCUAUUUUUAUAUUGAAACAUAAUUACUUGAUAGCUCAGGGUCUACAUUUCAUUCAACUUUUUACACCAAAUUAUGCAGAAUGGUCAAAAUGGAAUAUUGGGGGCUGUUGUAAACAGAGGCUUAAUUUUAUUAGAAGUAGCCAGUUAUUUAUUAAAGCAUGAUGUUAAUAAAAUAGGCAUAUUCUG